CAUGAUCACUGUAACAACACACUGUACGUUUGUUUGUGCAGCAGAUCUGUUAAAAGAGCAAAGUGAAGAGAGUCAGUGUUGAAUCCAUCCAGGUGGAUCCCGGUGGAUCCAGCCUCUUUACGCACCAUGCUCCCCGCAGUGGAGGCGGCCAAGAUCUACCACACCAACUACGUGCGUAACUCGCGCGCCAUGGGCGUGCUGUGGACGGUGUUCACCAUCACCUUCGCCGUCAUCACCGUGGUGGUGUUCAUUCAGCCAUACUGGAUCGGGGACAGCGUGAACACGCCGCAGGCCGGGUACUUCGGCCUCUUCCACUACUGCAUCGGCAACGCGCUCACCUCGGAGCUCACGUGCAAAGGGAGCGCGCUGGACUUCGGCUCCAUCCCAUCCGGCGCCUUCAAGACGGCCAUGUUCUUCGUGGGCAUCUCCAUGCUGCUGGUGGUGGGCAGCAUCGUCUGCUUCAGCCUCUUCUUCUUCUGCAACGCGGGCAGCGUGUACAAGAUCUGCGCCUGGAUGCAGCUGGCCUCCAGUACAUGCAUGGUGAUUGGAUGCAUGAUCUAUCCAGACGGCUGGGACUCAGAGCAGGUGAAGCGAAUGUGUGGCCAGCGGACCGACAAAUACACCUUGGGCAACUGCACGGUGCGCUGGGCGUACAUCCUGGCCAUCAUCAGCAUCAUGGACUCCCUGGUCCUCUCCUUCCUGGCCUUCAGCCUGGGCAACAGGCAGGACAAGCUGCUGCCCGAGGACUUCCAGGUGGAGGGGAAAGAUAACGCAUAGACACCCAGAGGACGACAGAGACCACAGAUGAACAGGAACUGCUGACUCAGGGAAUUCAAAUGUGUUCAAAGGCUUUGACAGUUUUCUUAAAAAUCAAAAUUUGCCCACACAGACAUUUGAAAUCAUGGUCAGAGUGAGUCACUGGCCUCCUCUCGCUCCAGCCUCACAGCUUUACAUUAUCUAUGGUGCUUUUUAAGGUAAAAUAAUUCCACAUAUUCAAUGUGUGAAUAUGUUAACAGAGCUUCCAUCUACAAAUUUUAGAUAAAUGUAAAGCUGCUCCUGACUAUCGAAUU